UCCUGUGUGUUCACGGGUCGCUGGUCCCAAACAGACAGCUGAGCUCCCUCCCGGCAAUGAUAUCCCACCCCGUUAUCUGGGCUUUCCGCAGCAGCGUGAGGUGCUGGCGAUACCAGACACUCCUCAAAGCGACUCUAGGGGGCUCGAAAGUCGGCGUUUGGCGCUGGUACUCGACCCCAAUUCGUGGUGGUGUCACGGGCAUGGAGGAGAUAUUGGCGAGGGUCGUUGUACCUUUACCUACAUACGAAACGAGAGACAAAUCCCCUCCUCCCCCCGAAUCAAACAGCUUGGAGUUUAUGCACUUCUACAACAGUCUCGACAAGGAAGACAAACUCGGUUUCCUGGCGAAGCUGUCGCAAGACUUCGGAGUAGACCACAAAGGCGUUUCAGAGCUCGCCGUGAGGCUGUUGGACACUCAGCUCCGAGACUUGGCGACCAUUUUGCAAGUUGAAGACAGGCUGCGGUACAGCUUGACUCCCCGAUAUAAACAGUUGCUUAAUCAUAUAAGCAGGGUCGAGGGAGGGGUGAAGUUUCUGGUGGAUCUCCGAGCCGAUGUGCUUGAAAUAAUCUCAUCCAAAACUAGCGAGAGCGCACACAUCAGGGACCUGAACAGCACGCUGAAGAGUCUGCUGUCCGAGUGGUUCUCUGUAGGUCUGCUCCGGCUGGAGAGGAUCACCUGGAAGUCCCCUUGCGAGAUCCUGCAGAAGAUCAGCCAGUAUGAAGCAGUGCACCCUGUGAGGAACUGGACUGACCUGAAGCGCAGAGUGGGACCAUAUCGCCGUUGCUAUGCCUUCACCCACGCCGCCAUGCCAGGUGAACCUCUGGUUGUGCUGCACGUGGCUCUCACUGAAGACAUCUCUGAUAACAUUCAGGGUAUCGUCCGUGAGUUUGCUACUCUUCACUCCGAGGAGGAUGUGAAUAAGAUAAAUGCAGCCAUCUUCUACUCCAUCUCCUCCACCCAGGCUGGCCUACAAGGGGUGGAGCUGGGCAACUACCUCAUCAAGAGGGUGGUCCGAGAACUACAGAGCGAGUUCCCUCACAUGGCCCAGUUCUCCAGCCUGUCUCCCAUCCCUGGCUUCUCCUCCUGGCUCCAAGGCCUGCUCAGCCAGUACAGGAAGGAAGGCCGGGGGUCUGACCUACUCUCUGAGCAGGAGUGGAAGGAGGUGGAACAGGCCACUGACUCAGCCCCAGGGACCCUGACCACCGAGUCCCUCCGCAAGAUGAUUGGCAGCAGCGAGUGGAUGCACUCUGAGCGGCUGAUGCGUGUCCUGGAGCCUGCCCUGAUGCGUCUCUGUGCCUGGUACCUGUACGGGGAGAAGAGGAGAGGUUAUGCCCUCAACCCAGUGGCCAACUUCCACCUGCAAAACGGCGCCACCAUGUGGCGUCUCAACUGGCAUGCUGACACCAGCCCUAGGGGUGUGGCGAACUCCUGCGGCAUCAUGGUGAACUAUCGUUACUUUCUGAAUGAGACAUCUAAAAACAGCACUCUUUACCUGCAGAAUAAGGUCAUCACGGCAUCGGAGCAGGUGCUCGGACUGGUGUCCCAAUUUCAAAAGAACAGCAAGCUGUGAGAACGAGACGAGGAUUCACCAAAAAAUAUGCUCGAUGGCACUUUAUGCCAUUAAUAUAUUGACUGACAAACUUGAAUCUGAUAAUUUGUUUUCAGUUUUUGACAUGUGUGAUUAAACAUCAUAAAAGAUAGGAAAAAAAAGCCUCAGGAACACCACUUGAAUGGACGUGAGCUGAUUGUGUUUUUGAAGUGAAAUAAGGACAUUUUAUCACAUGAUGUGUCUAAUCCCAUCUUUUUUACUGUCUCAUUGGGUUUCUGGUCAAAGCUGUUUGAUAGUGGUAGUGCUUCCCAGGCUGAGGGACUGCAGCUAAUGAAGCAUGAGGCGUCUAUCAAUGCUUCACCAUGUUCCUGGAUAACAGUGUAUUUAACGGUGAAGCAGGAGCAAGGAGGGAGUGGAAUAAAUGAUGUUUAGAUUCUUUCAUUUGGCUGAGCUGUCUCAUUGUAAACAUGUUGAAGAUUCAGAGACUAUUGGAUGUUAUCUUUUUUUUCUCUCUGCUUAGGUUUAUAUACAGCAUACCAGCUGUUACACAGAUGUUUCCCACUAAACAUCAGAGCACAAAGGUUUUUAAACCACAGUUAAAUAUAAGUUCAUAUUAAAUAACUAAACAAAACUGGAAUUAUUUCUGCCGUGUAUCAUGAGUACUCAUGCUCACUGGGCUGGCUCCAUUCAGGUGAUUUGUAUUUUGCUUCUUUUUUUUUUUUGGAUAAUUCUGCCUUCACACACACACACCACCAGACUCUCCAGAGAGCCAUCACUGAUAUUCUAACUGCUCUGUACAGGUGCCAAGCAUGGCUCAUAUCAGCCCACACCCCAUUGUUGUGAAAUAAUAUAUCACAGCAAGUUGACUGUGAAAUUACAUUUUAGCUCUCCAAGGAGCCAAACUUUGUUGUUUUUUUUCAUGUUCUCUGUCUCUCCCCCACACCUUUUUCCCUCCCUGUGCCACUCUGUGUCCUAGAAACUAAUGGAGUGAGAAAUAAAGUUAAAGUAAA